AUGAUUAAAAUCUCCUACUGCACCAUCGCCCUUCUGCUCUCUACUCUUGCCUUGGCUGCUCCUGCUGCCAUCGAUCCUUUGGCCUCUGCUUCAAGCUCGGCACUUGCAAGUUCAGCUUCCGGGCUGGUAUCUUCCGCUGGCGCAUCAGGUGUAUCGCCGGCCUUGAAAACUAAACCGGCGUCGACAUCCAGUCAGACCAAGGUUGCAUCCUCAACAAGCAGCGCUGCCGAAUCUACUGCUACUGUCCCUUUUAUCAAACUGGACCCAAAUGGCCCGCUUUGGAACUCGUCCGUCGAAGGGUCGCCCCAAGCAAUCAGAGGUUCUCUCGGGGCAACUAUCCUAGGUCCCACAGACGACCCCACCGUUAAAGAGAACCCCGAUCUGCUUGCUCCUCCUACCACUGACCAUGGCAGCGUUGACAAUGCGAAGUGGCCUUUCAGUUUAAGUCACAACCGUCUUCAAACUGGAGGAUGGGCACGUCAAGAGAACAUGGGCAUACGUUCUGAAGGCAAGUUAUCACAAGGGAACACUCAAGUCACAUCAGUUGACCAAAAUGGCAAGAAUUUCAUAGCUACUUUGUCUCCCGGAGAUCUUUGGUAUUUCCCACCAGGCGUUCCGCACUCCCUUCAAGCAACAGCUGACGACCCGGAUGGCUCUGAAUUUAUUCUGGUGUUCCCCAACGGCGCUUUCAGCGAAGAUUCCACUUUCCUGCUCACGGACUGGUUGGCUCACGUACCCGCUGAAGUACUCGCGAAGAACUUCCAAACUGACAUCUCAGCCUUCGCACACAUCCCAUCGCAAGAAUUGUACAUCUUCCCAAGCACGCCCCCAACGGACAGUGGCAAUCUCCCAACAAGCCCUCAAGGAUUGGUCGACAACCCCUUCACCUUCUCUUUCUCAAAGAUGGAGCCAACGAAACUCAGUGGAGGUAGCGUCAAGAUUGUAGAUUCAAGAACAUUCAAAGUUUCGACAGCCAUCGCUGCGGCCGAAGUCACUGUUGAACCAGGCGCGAUGAGAGAACUUCACUGGCACCCAACACAAGAUGAAUGGAGCUUCUUCCUUGAGGGAGAAGGUCGUGUAACAAUCUUCGCCGCUCAGUCGAACGCACGAACAUUCAACUACCAGGCUGGAGAUAUUGGCUACGUACCUGCAACUAUGGGCCACUAUGUUGAAAACACUGGCAAUUCAACCCUUCGUUUCCUUGAGAUCUUCAACACCGAUAUGUUUGAAGACAUCAGUCUCAGCAAUUGGCUGGCCUUGACACCUCCUGAGCUAGUCAAGGCCCACCUAGGCUUUGACGAUGCAACAAUUGCAAAACUCCAGAAGACAAAGCCCACAGUCAUCGGUCCCGCCUGA